AUGAAUGCACAGAGUAAUAAAUACACAAGUACCUACAUCUGUGUCCGUUUAAGGUGAAGCAAGUUCGUUUAACCUUUAACUCAACUUCGAUCGUUAUACUGUCACUUAUAACAUAAAUGAAACGCCUUCUGUUCGACUUCGUAUCGUAUGAUCAACUGACUAGUUAAUUUUAUAGCAAGUAUUAAAAGCCUUACGAAAUGUCCAAUGUCAAUCAUGCAUAACAAACUAUAAUUUGCAUAAUUAGUCAUUUAAUAAAUUUUAUACUUAAAUGCACACGCCAUAACACUGAGGACAAGCUUCUUGACGUUGAGGAUCAGGUUCCUCACGGUGAGGACAAGGUUCCUCGCGCAGAGGACAAGAUUCCUCACCCAGAGGCCAAAGUUCCUCUCGCUGAGGACAAGGUGCCUCACACUGAGGACAAGGUACGUCACACUGAGGACUAGAUUCCUCCCGCUGAAGACAAGGUACCUCACACUGAGGACAAGAUACCUCACACUGAGGACAAGGUUACUCACGCUGAGGACAAGGUUCCUCACGGUGAGGACAAGAUUUCUCAAGCUGAGGUCAAAGUUCCUCACACUGAGGACAAGGUACCUCAGACUGAGGACAAGGUUCCUCACCCUGAGGACAAGGUUCGUCACGCUGAGGACAGGGUUCCUCACGCUGUGGACAAGGUGCCUUACACUGAGGACAAGGUACGUCACACUGAGGACUAGAUUCCUCCCGCUGAGGACAAGAUACUUCACACUGAGGACAACGUACCUCACAUUGAGGACAAGGUUCCUCACGCUGAGGACAAGGUUCAUUUUGCUGAGGACAAGGCUAAAAUUUCGGAUUUGGCGAAAAAAUGA